AUGACAUCCCGAUGGACUUUGGCCUCGGCGGUCAAUCUCAUUGUGACUAGCCAUCUGCGCAGGAGAUAUUAUAGUGCAGCGCGUGUACGCGCAGACACAAGUGCACUCUCUAUUCCUGUCACUCUCAUACUCUGGCGGGACGACACGAGACACGAUCGGAGAGAGUGUCGGUGCAGGAACAACGCGACACGUGCUCUCCGAGGCACAGGGGAGAAACACCGUCAACUUCCCAACUCCAGGCUAUUACUGAGACUUACUAUACAGAAAGAC